AUGGCGUCCGACUCUGCUGAUUCUGUCCCAAUUCCGCAGCCUCCUCCACAUUACUUUACUGGCAACCUCACAGAAAUCGAUCCAGAUGACUCAGGCAGCUCCUUCCAGCGGCUUGCAGACAUAUAUGGCGAGAUUUUCCAGCUGGACAUGCCAGGCCGCAAGGGCAAAGUCAUUGUUGCCUCUUCCUACGACACAAUAAACGACUGCUGUGACGGCGAGCGGUACGAAAAGGUCAUCAAUACUGCCCUCGAACAGGUCCGGGCUCUCGCUGGAGAUGGCCUGUUCACAGCUUAUUCUGGAGAAAAGGGCUGGGGCAUUGCACACAGGCUGCUCAUGCCUGUCUUUGGCCCAAUGGGUAUUCGCAAGAUGUUUGACGAGAUGAUGGAAGUUUCCAGCCAGAUGCUGCUUCGCUGGGAUCGUUUCGGCCCAGACCACGAGAUCAACUGCGGCGAUGAUUUCACGAGGCUCACAUUCGAAAUGAUUGGUUUGUGCGCAUUUGGAUACAGAUUCAACAACUUCUACACUGACCACCCACACCCGUUUGUCGACCAAAUGGUCCAGGUUCUGCUUGAAUCUGGAAGACGCGCCGGCCGAACCGCGCUCGAGAACAAGCUACGCAUCUUUGCCGAGUCCAACCGUCAGGAAAACAUCAAGAAGAUGCAUGAUGUCUGCGACAAGAUUAUCGAGGCACGCAUAGCAAACCCGCAACCCGGUGCCAAGGACCUGCUGAACCCCAUGCUUGAGGGCGUCGACCCAGUCACUGGCGAGAGAAUGUCAAAAGAGUUGAUCCGCUACAACAUGGUCACCUUUUUGAUCGCUGGCCAUGAAACCACGAGCGGUACGCUUGGUUACCUGUUUUACCAUCUUCUCAAGAACCCCGAGAAAUACCUCAAGGUUCAGCAGGAAGUUGACGAGGUUGUCGGAGACGGCCCUUUGAAACUUGAGCACCUCUCGCGCUUGGUUUACCUCAAGUUUAGCAUUUACGAAGCGUUGCGGUUCAAGGGGCCCAUUGCAGUCCUGGGCAAACAUGCAUUGAAGCCGACCAAGAUUGCCGGCAAAUACCAAGUGCAACCCGAGGAUAUUAUUGUCUGCAAUCUGCCAGGUCUGCAUCACGACCCCAAGAUCUGGGGAGAUGACGCCGAUGUAUUCCGGCCUGAGCGCUUCCUGAAUGGCGGCUGGGAGAAUCUACCGCCAAACUCUUGGAAGGCAUUUGGUGACGGUGUGCGAGCCUGCAUUGGACGUGCUUUUGCCGAGCAAGAAAUGGUUAUGACUGUUGCGCUCAUUAUGCAGAAAUUCCAGGUCGAAAUGGCUGACCCUGGAUACCAACUGCACCUAGCAGUGUCUCUCACGUCGAAACCCAAGGAUUUCAACAUCAAGGUCCGCAGACGACCCGGACGUAGCAUGGCUAGUCUGGGCGCUGUUGGAGGUGCCGCUCCAUCGCAAACGCCCGCCUCCUCCGGCGCAGAGGCCAAAGACGGAGAUGCCAGGGACGCAAAGCCCAUUACCGUACUCUAUGGAUCGAAUGCAGGCACUUGCAAGUCAUACGCCGAGGACCUCGAGUCAAAUGCAGCGCGAUACGGAUUCAAAGCCAAUGUGAGCAGUUUGGACUCUGCGACUGAAAAUAUCCCAAAGGACCAUCCAGUCAUCAUCAUUGAGCCUUCGUACGAGGGGAAGCCGGCGGACAAUGCGAAGAAGUUCACCGCGUGGCUGGAAAGCAGUGCAGAGACGAAAAAGCUCGAGGGCGUGCAGUAUGCCGUGUUUGGUGUCGGCAACAGUGAUUGGACUCACACGUACCAUCGCGUGCCCAAGCUGACCGACGAACUGUUUGGAAAGAUGGGUGCAACACGCUUCAUGGAGACUGGCUUUGCCAACGUCAAAGAAGACCUCAUGGGCUCGUGGGAAAGCUGGUCGGAGCAGAUGUGGGCCAAACUUCGAGAAACGAGCGGCACCACGGUUGAAGUCCUCAAUGGCGCACUCAAGGCUCAAAUCACGCCUCCCAAGUUCGCCACGUACCUUGGAGGCAAAGACAUUGCGUAUGGCCUCGUCCAGGUCAACAAGGACUUGGGCGGCAGUGAAGUCGGACUGGCUAAGAAGCACAUGGAAAUCGUGCUGCCGCCCAAUACCUCGUAUCGCUCUGGCGACUAUAUGGUUGUGCUGCCACUGAACAACACGCUUACAGCAAAACGGGUCCUGAAGCGCUUCGACCUGGCGCCAGACGACACCAUUGCCAUUACUGGAACUAACAAGACGUUUCUCUCUACCGACGCUCCGAUUGCCGUCUAUGAGCUCCUGAUGACGCGAGUCGAGCUCGGCACACCCAUUUCGCAAAGGCAACUCCAGCUCCUCGCAAACGCAACGCCAGAAGAUAAACGCGCUGAGCUGCUCAGACUCGCCAGCGACGAAGUAUACAAGAGCGAAGUCAUUCCCAAGCGCCUCACCAUGCUGGACCUCCUCGAAGACCACCCAGACUGCACCCUCCCCUUUUCCGUCUACCUCGACUCACUCAAACCGCUCGCGCCCCGCCAAUACAGCAUUUCCAGCUCGCCGCUCGCCAACGUGGAAUUCGUCCAGGCGGCCGACGGCAGCACCGCGCAGCGCCUCACCGCAACCGUGACGUACGACGUACACGACGAGCCGGCAUGGAGCGGGCACAACCGCCGCUUCUACGGCGUCGCAUCCACGUAUCUCGCGCGCGCCGAGCCCGGCGACAAAAUCCGCUGCUUCACACGCCCGACAAACACCAAUUUCCAUCUCCCCACCGACCCGACCACCCCGCUCAUCAUGAUCUGCGCCGGCUCCGGUAUCGCGCCCAUGCGCGGCUUCAUCCAGGAACGCGCCACCAUCAAGCAAGCCCGCAACGCGGCCCUCGGCCCCGCAAUCCUGUACUUUGGAUGCCGCGACUACCAGCACGACUACAUGUACGCUGAAGAGCUCGCGCGCUGGCAAGCCGACGGCAUCGUCACCGUGCGCCCCUGCUUCUCCAAGUCCGCGCCAGCAGGCCAGAAACCGCAGCGUGUGCCCGACCGCAUGUGGGAUGAGCGCAAGGAGUUGGCGGAAUUGUUUGGUCAGCGCGGCGCCAAAAUCUUCCUCUGUGGUAGUGCGAGUAAGUUGGCCAAGAGUACCGCCAAAGUGGUCAUCCGUAUUUUCAGGGAUCUGCACCCGGAGAAGACGGAGGAGGAGGCGCUGGAGUGGCUGGAGAGGGUCAAGGAGGAUCGCUUUGUUAGUGAUGUUUUUGAGUAG